AUGGCUCAACCGGUGAAUGCUGCUGCGCCAUCCACUGCUGCUCCUGCAGGUGAAGGCAUGAUGACUGAUGACCAGCGCUUCCUCCUGACCGUCAUUUUUGGAACAUACUUUGGGCCCCAACUCAAAGGUGAAAGGUCACCCUACAAGUCGGCGAUGCAGAGGGUACGUGAGAGAUUGCCACGGUAUACUCAUGAUCAGCUGGCUGGGUCCCAGAUGAUGGUGGUGCAAAUGAUACAUACGUAUUAUCACAUACUUAGGAAGGCUGAUAAAUCGGUCGUGCUGUCCCUGUCAUUUUUGCUCAAGUUCCUCCAUGACACACUUCCAGCCAAAGUGCUUGGUCCUACUAGCAAUUACCCUUGGUUCAUCGACCUAUUUCCAAUUGACCUGCACCCUUGGUCUUUUGUCGAGGGGCGGUUUAUGGCGAUAGACAAUGUCGUCUUCAUCGAUAACCCGAGCACCUCUUUCCUCAAGGAAGAGGUAGUUGCAAGGUUCAAGAGUUUGACUGGGCUGCAGGAGUUCAUUCUUGAUAAAGACGUGGCCAUACUACCUGCUUAUGUCACCGACAAAUCGUUUUACGAAGUGGUAGCGAGGGACGCGCAUUCAGAGGAACAGUCUCAUUUUUUCAUGCCUUCUGGUGGUUCUCACAGAUGCAAGAGCUCACCCUCCUCCACGUCGGCAAGGUCCUCUGGAGUACGCGACACCUACUUCAAGGCUCAACUUGAUCCUAAGGUGGUGUUUUCUCCACUCAGUACGACGGAGGUGCAAUAUCAUGGUGCUGCAGCCGCCUGUAGUGCCGGAGUCGGAGUGGCUGGGAAUGCGGACGUGAGGCUUACAGGAUCCACCACCUGGCGUGUGAACCUUGCGGAGUCUGAAGACUGUUACCUGUUCCAGGUGUCACUUCCAGGGGUCAGAAGAGAUCAAACAUUUGGUUGGGAAGUUGACAUGAGCGGCGAGGUCUUAAUUGAAGGAGAGACUGCCACGAGCAGGCAGGUGGUUGAGAGCAGAACAGGAAACCUCUGUCCAUCCGGACACUUCUCUCUCUGUUUUCAGCUGCCCAGUCGAGUCGAUCCCAGACUGUCCAACUGCAACUUUGGCUCAGAUGGGAUCUUCGAAGGAGUUGUGAAGAAGCUGAUCGACAAUUGA